ACCCCGCUUGCCGUGCGCGAUCGUCGGGGCGUCCGGUGACGCUGGUGCUGGUGUGGCCAUGCGUCUUUUCCCGCUGUUGAGCCCGUAGCAGCCACGCUUGACACGCUCGCUCGUUUGCCAACGCGGAACGCUCUUAGCCAUGAAAACCGAAAAGAAGCCCAACGAGCCUAGUUGUUGUCCACCUAGCGCGGUUGUCAAGGAUGAGCCUGACGCCGACCCUGUUAAGAUUAAGGAGGAGGGCACGGGUGGGAACGACGAUGCGACUGGCGAGGACACCGCCGAGUGCCCGAGAGACCCCUGCUUGGAUCCAUCCAACGGCGAGGGUGCCAUGUCCGGGGAGAACCAGAGCGCCAACGGGAGCCAGCCCAUCCUGAAUUCGGUCAAGCAGGAGGGAGACCCGAACAAUCCCGCUGACGAUCUACCUUCGGACAGCAUUCAGCCACUUGUCAGUAAUGUUGUGGGAAAACAGAUGGGAACUAGCACGAGCAGCGGGGAGGCGCAGUACAUGCAACAGCAGAGCCAGAUUUUUGUAUUUUCUACAACGUUGGCGAAUAAAGCCGCGGAGACGGUGUUGAGGGGCGAAUACAAUUCGAUCCUCGCUUAUCAUUGUGCACAGCCAGGCACUAAGAAAUAUUUGGAGAAACAUCCAAAUAAAGUAAAUCAAUUUCGACACAAUCCUGCUCAAUGGUUAAAUAAUCUUGCUAUGAUGAAACAGAAAGGCCAUCAGGGAAAUGCGAAUAAUACUUUCCCGACUGAACAACCCCCGGAUUUACCAGCACUAGAUCCAAAUGCUCCACAAUUUUGGAACGAGCAACCUAACUUGCGAAACAUAAACGGCGGAAACUCCCUCGGUAAUUCUGAACCAUCAUUGGAUGAUGGAAAUAUAGACGUGCCUUGCCUUGUGCCGAAUUCACCUGGUAAUUCAGCCAACCCUCAACCUGCUAGUAACGCUACCAUGGGCCACAGUCCAAAUUUGUUAGGUGGCACAACGAGCCCGGGCCCAGGAGGCUUACAACCAUCUCUGCAAGGUGUCAAAGUUCCAGACGAAAACUUGACGCCGAAGCAAAGGCAGCACAGAGAAGUCCAACUGGCGACCUUGCGAAAGAUGCAAAUGAUAUUAUUUCCUGGUCACAAGGAGGAUCAAUCUGGCAAUGCUUUAGCAGAUGGGACGCAAGGAACGGCGGUGUCGUGUCCUUCGACGAAUGUUCCUCCUGUUGGCGUACCAAAUCAAUGCUCUCCGUCUAUGGAUUGGCAUAAAUUGCAACAUCAAUUUCUCGAUGGAAAGAACAAGGCAACUGUCGGCAGUUCUGGCGCAGUACCAUUGCGCGGUUCCAAUAUGGUUGGAGUACCGCGAAGUCAAGGCCCGCCACCACCGUAUCAUCAGACGACUCGAUCCGCGAGCGUGCCAAUCGCGAUUCAAAGCCCGAAUCCGUCGUCGCCCAACAAUCCAACCAGCAAUCUGUCGCUACCGUCACCGCGCGCGAGCUCCGCUCUGAAUUCACCGGCUGACUGCAACCGGCAGUUCCAGCUUGGUAAUCAGAGGACCAGCCAUCUGCCGGGGCAGAGCCCGACGAGCCAGGACUCUCCGAACCCGACGGUCGCCACGGCGGCCACAGCAGCCGUUUCUACGACGCGACUGAACCACAGCAAUCCAGGAACACCAGUCUCUCAUUCCCAUAUUGCUGCACUUAGUCCUAGUGGUACCACUGCUCAAAAGGAUGCUUCCCUCGAUUUUCCUAUCAAUCAACAAUCAAACGUGGACGGUAUGUUUUGCCGAACACUACAAUCCUUGGCUCAACAGAAGCAACAGCACGCUGGGAACGUUAAUGCAUCGGCCGUGAAAGAAGCAAAUCUGAUGCCGGUACCGAGCCCUCAUCAACUCCAAUACCUUAGCACGUUCGAAGGGCAAGAGUUGACCAUUCAAAAACAACCUAACACAAGUUUGAAGGAUGGCAAUUCAUCUACGAACGCCGGUAAUUCUUCGGAGAUGCCCAACAGAAUCUUGCCAGGAAGUUUAGAUAGCAACAAUCAAUUCCCUACUAGAUCGGAGGGCGCGAGUCCUGUACAGAUGGACAGCAUGAACCGAGGCUUCGCCGGUUCUCUGCACAGUCCGCACACGCCACACACACCGCACACGCCGGGCAGCGCCGCGCCGCACACUCCAGCGGAUCCCGCGAAGCCAGGCAACAAGUCCAGCGCGAGUGCGCAAAGUAGUCCGACGCCGCACAACACCAGUUUACCCGACAGUAUGGGUCCACCGCGAACAGUGCCAGCAUCGCCUACCAUGAAACCCGACACGUCGCCACCGUCCGUAAAAGAUGCUCAGCAGCAGCAACAGCAGCAGCAGCAGCAGCAGCAACAACAACAACAGCAGCAGCAGCAGCAACAGCAGACGCAGUCGCAGCAGCAGCAGCAGCAGCAGCAGCAGCAGCCUCCACAACAGCAGCCUACGGUGAUCAAUCCGAAUAAUUCCGGCAAUACGACGGUAGUGCCGUCGAUGAGCGGUGGCCCCACCGGUGGCGGUCCCGCUUCCUUCCCCUGUGGCAGGCCGUCCAUAAACGUGAGUCAACCAUCCGACAAUGUGCCCCUCAAUCCCAACAACAUUGGCGGUCGACUCGGCGGCUUGGGCAACCCCAUGGGUUCAAGUUUCGAUCCAAUAACAUCCCUGGCGCAAAUGAGCCAGCAGCUUACGAACACGGCGGCGAGUAACUCGUUGGGCAACGAACCCAUGCAUUCCGGCAAUGCUGCCGGCAUGAUGCCGUUUGGUAAUCCACAUGCCGGCAUGCACAUGAUGCAAAUGGGCGGCGAGAUGAAUGGCAGCUGUCACAUGGGAGGAGCCGGCGGACCUGAACCUGGCAACGAGGUUGGCGGAAUGUGCAUGGGUCUUGCGGGUCCUCCAACGAGCUACAGCCCUACCACGUCGCAUACGGGCAGCCCCGGCGGAGUCGCCAGCAAGAUGGGACAUCCCGCUAUGAUGGGUGGCCACGGAAUAAUGGGCGGCCACACGGGGGUCGGUGCACCCGGUGGUGCUUAUCCCGGCGGUGACCCGGGACACGCGCCUCCGCCAAGAUUGAUAUCCGGCCACGGGGUUGCAGGGCCUAGUCCCUACAACGGUGCGAACGUGCAAGUGAAGCCGAAUGCACCCAACACUAUACAGUACUUGCCGGCCAGGCCAAACGUCGGUCACGCGCCUCGGGGCCCACCCAGUCUAGACUUCCUUCAGCGAUUCACCAAUCCGCUGUCCAAUCUUGAGUCGAAGAUGGGAGGGUCGCCCUCCGUGAACCUUCAGUACUUCCCAAACGGUUGUGUACCGAACAGCAUGGGGGGUCCGCAUAGCGGUAUGCCGUCCAAUAUGAAUGCCGCCGGGAUCCCUGGUAUGGGCGCCUCACCUAGAAUGGAUGGCCAGUCCAUGAACACCGCCGGCAACAUGCACCCGUCCAUGAGACCGGUCGGCAACAUGCGACCGCAACCGAACUUGAUGCGGAUGCAGCACAUGGUAGGCGGCGGCGUCUUCCCAGGCGGCUCUAUGGAUUCCGACAAAGUCUUCCCGCCCGACAUGGUCGCGCAGAAUCUGCAGAAUCUGCCGAACUUGCCGAACCUGCCGAACCUGCCGAACCUGCCGAAUCUGCCGAACCUGCCGAACCAGCCGAAUCCAGGCAUGUACGGCGUAUCCGGCAACAAGGCCAGUCCGAUGGGACUGGGACCACCGCCCGACGCUACUCAACCUCUACCGCCGAGCAUGGGCGGCGCGACCAGCAAUUUCAAGGCCGGCCCGUUCGUCGGCAGCGGACCCAGCAUGUCCGACCCGAAUUACGCUCAACAGUUUCACAACUUCCAGCAACAGCUUUACGCCACCGGCACCAGAGGCAGCGGGCCGCCGCAUCCUAAUUUGCAUCCACCGCCGAACUCGCACUCGCAUCAACAAUUUUUCAUGCCGAAGUAAACGUAGCUGCCCGGUAUUGAUUCAUAUCGCGACGAUGACGAUGACGAGAACGAGAAUGACGACGGGAACAAGGACGAUGUUUACGGUGGCCUUUCAUCCCUCUUUUUCUCUCUCUUUCUCAAUAUCUCUUUUGCUCUCUUUCUAUCUAUCCAUCUAUCUUUAUCUCUAUCUUUCGUCUAUCAGGGAUGUUUCUAUUAAUCAUGCGAGAUAGUUCUGGAAGUGCAAACUGUGCUAAUGAUGUAAAGGACAGCGAAAGGAACGAUGGAUAUUCACGAGCAUCACUGAGUUACCUUCAAGAAUGAUCCUGACGACUGACGCGCGAUGAAAAUUAACGUUAACUCUCUUGGUUUCUUUAUUUAUAUAUUGAUAUGAAUUUUUUUUUAAAUUCUGUUCUUCUCUUUAAUUUCCGGGCCGCGACAACGAUUGUCGCGUUUCCAAAUCUGUUAUCUUCGAUGUUUUAGAGGUGUAAUUUCGAGCCGAAAUCUUCCGGAACUAUUUGUAAAUCCUAUUAAUAAUGGAGAUGUACGAAUAUUCUCCCACGCGUUCGUGUAAAUACUGAUGUACAAUCUGGUUUUUUUCUGUUUUUUUCCCCCCUCUUUUCGUAGGAGUCGUUGUUCAACGAUCGAGACGUAUAUUGCUAGAUUAAGAAAUACGUUACUAUAGCUCGAGUAUAAAGAAAAAAAACAUAAGAGAGGAAGAAAACAAGUACGAUCUCUUCUCUCUUUUUGCGCUUUGUUCAUAAUGGUUGCUCGGGGUAAAGUAAUUGUACGGGAGAAUGCAUGAUACGAUGAGUAAGAGGAUUUUGGUACGUCGGUACCGUAAUUCAUCCUUCCUUUAUCUAAAAUACUUAAAUAUAGUCAAACAAGCUCAAAUUUAUUAUUGUACAUAUAUACCAUAUACAUAUUAUACAUAUUAUAUAUAUUAUAUAUAUAUAUAUAUACCUGUUGCAACAUAAUCCUUCGAUAUCGCCCGUCCCCGACGCUCCUUUAUCAAUCCUCCCUUAUGACCAACUCUGUGCAUAAUCAUGACUUCCCCCCCCCCUCCUUCCCUACCUGUAGUUUACAAUAUAAGGAAAGAAUUAAUUGAACUAAGGACAAUUAUGUUGUUGAUGAAUGAUUUUUAUUAUAAAUGAAAAAUAAAGAUAUUUACAAGAAGUCAGUAAGAUAUUUGAUCGAUAAUCGUUUUGCGAUUCAAGAACGGCCGUCGGAGUUCACGAUAAGGGUUCCGUAUCUGUCGAGACAUGGAACGUGACUAAUUUAAAAGAAAAAAAAGCGCUACGUUUUCGGAGUGAGCAGGCUGUUUCUCAACUUACUCAAAUCUGUGAUAGUCAAAGCAAGAGAACGUAUCCUUUCCUUUUGGUCUCUUCCAAAAGAUGCAAAAUACAUAUCUGCUCUGUUCGGGGAAUGAUUCUUCAAUUACUACACUUGACGAUUGUCCGUCUUAAUCCGAGUAUUAUGCAUAGACGAAUGAUGUAAAAAGAUAGACGAGGGGAGAAAAGAAGAGAAGUUAGGUUCCUUCAGGCAACUUGAGCAAUGCGAAGCAGUGACACGGCUACAUCGACAUACGUUACGUUUGUGAUAAAGUAAUAGGAAUCUUAGAACACUGCGACGACGGGGCUUGCGCAGAGCGUUGACACCAUCUAUUACAUUAGGAGUAAGAUCUUUUUCUACAACGUCAUAUUUAGCUUGUAAAACGAGCUGUGUAUAAUUUCUUCUAUAGAUUCACGUUGGAAUUGUCGAUUCCAAAAUCUCGCUGGCGAAACACACUACUUGCGCCGAAGUAGUUUUUCAUAAACUCUGCAAUCGUUAGAACAACGAUAUACCCGCGCAAAUAGAAGACCUACAUUUCGCUUUCUUAGGAUCAACGAAGUUAUGAGCUCAAUUAUAAAUGUAAAGCUUAUCGUUAGACGACUUCCCUUUGUAAUAAGUCACACGUUAUCGGCCACUUUAUAUCCAAAGGUGCAUACUAAAUUACUAAAACUUGUUGCGUUGUGAAUACUUCUUAGUUGCCGAGCACUGGUUGCGUUCCUUCGUCUCCUGGUUCACCUGUAAAAAAAAUUCAUACGUUGAAUGAGAACAACACUUGCGCUUCUCAACGGUUUGCUAAAUCGACGCUAAUCUCUCUACUCGAUGUCUUUACGCGAUAUACCGAGAUAUAAUCGCAAUAAAAGCAAGCUAUACUUUAAGCCUUAA